AUGUCCCCGCUCGGUCGCCGGCCCCUCACCUGCCUGUCAAGUGGGUCCUACCUCAGUUACAAUGUGCAUCAACAACCAUGUACACAACAAAAAACACCACUCCCACAAGGACAACUGCACCAAACGCUUCUGCAAGGAGAAAUACCAUAUGUUCAUCCAUCUAUUUUGCAGCAGCUAAACCCAUGCAAGGUAUUCCUCCAACAUCAGUGCAACCCUGUGCCAAUGCCACAACGUAUUCUUAGGUCGCAAAUGUUGCAGCAGAGCAGUUGCCAUGUGUUGCAACAACAAUGUUGCCAACAACUGCCGCAAAUCACCGAACAAUUCCGCCAUGAGGCAAUCCGUGCAAUCGUCUACUCUAUCGUCUUGCAAGAACAAACCCAACAGCCGGUCCAAGGUGUCUCCCAACCCCAACAACAGUUGCAGGAGCAGCAGCAGGUGGGACAAUGUUGUUUCCAACAACCUCAACCACAACAGUUGCCACAGAGUGUUUUCUUGCAGCCACACCAGAUAGCUCAGCUUGAGGCGACGACUUCCAUUCCGUUGCGUACCCUACCAAUGAUGUGCAAUGUUAAUGUGCCGUUGUUCGGCAUCAUGCCAUUCGGCGUUGGCACCAGAGUUGGUGUCUAAUGAUAAGAAAAGAUCUCGAGAAAUAUAUAGUUGGAUCACCGUUGUUUAAUCGAUGUAGCGGUGACAAAUAAAGUAUCACACAACCUUAUGUGGUUACAUAUGUCUCAAUCUGAACAAGAUAGAAAUCAAAGUUCAUGACGACUACCUGAAAAGUUUGUGAACAAGUUGAUGCUGUAUUAAUUCCUCCCAGGCCUGCCAAACUGAAUGACUACCUGAAAAGACAGACAGACCAUGUAUCUACAUCGACUCCUCUGCUCGAAAUGGUGUUCUCUUGCUUCAGAAUCUCUCGUCAAGUCCGUGAGAUCCAUCCACGGAUGUCGUUCACAUUGUUCGCCAUGGCCUCUGACGAUAAAUAGCCUCUUGAGGACCCUCUCGCACCUGCAAGGAAUCAUCAUCGUUUUGCAAGAAAUAUAUGUAGCGUGCUCGCAGACUCUGAAAAGAACACAUUUCCAUUGCUAA